GGGAAACUCAGCUCCGAUAUAACAACUGAUCCAAGGGCAGCUGCCACUACUCCACCUUGCGUCCAGAGCGAUGGCAUUGUUGGGGGAAGAGCCGAAGCCUGGAGACCUGAUUGAGAUUUUCCGCGUUGGCUACCAGCACUGGGCCAUCUACGUGGGAGACGGCUAUGUGGUCCACCUGGCACCUCCAAUUCCAGGUGAGUGCCUUGAUUCCUACAAUAGCCGCAGGUAUCUGAGCAAAUUUCUGAUUGUGAAACGUGAGCUCCUAAAGGAUGUGGCGAGGAACUGCAACUAUGUGGUGAACAACUUCUGGGACCAGAAGUACAAGCCACAGUCUGUCAACGACAUCCUCCACGCUACCCAUAAAUGGCUGUGGUUUGCAUCGUUUGUUAUUGUCAGAAGAGAUGCUAAGGAAUUUGUUAUUGAUCUGAGAUACGGCUUACCUGAAGAUCAGCUGGAGAAACUUUCCCAGGGGCUCUUGGAUUAUCCACUUUGGAUGAGGAGACCUCGCUUGAAGAAGUCUAAAACCAACAACAGAAAGAGGCAGCCCCGAUCAUGAACAAGCAACCACCUGGACCCCCAAGAGAAGCCCCUUGACAACUCUUCUGCCUGUUCCCUCACUCCUCCAGUUGUUUCCUCUCCCCUACAAGGCUGAUUAUGUGCUUUUCCUGGAAGAAGCAAGAUGUGUUUCCUGGACCUUUGAGGGAAAAUGGCUGUAUCUACGCUCUGACCAAAAUAAACAAACAAAAAAGGGAAGUCACAUCUGAUUAUAGCAUUUCCGUUGCGUGUAGGGGAGUGAUUAUUCUCUCCUCUUUCAGUUGACAAUAUUUGUACCAUACAGAUGAUCUUGUAAAUGUGGUGUGAAGGACCGAUGGAGAGACAGGGUAUAGACCUAUA